AACUGGAUUGGACCCAAUGACUGGUACCACCAACAGGACACAGUACCCACCCAGCACAGCACUGAAGUGGCCUGUCUCUACUAAAUAGUCUCUGUGGUUAUGUUCCUUUCCACCUUUCCUCCUUUGACUGUAUAUAUCAAGACAAAUGUGUAAGUAUGAAAGACAUUAAAUGGUUUUCGAGGAUGAGGGAAUGUCAUCCAACCUGUUCAUGGUUGUAUUGUAACUUCUACCAAGUCAAGUGACACAUUAAUGUGCUACAAAAUACCAUAGAGUGUGAUUUCGCACACAGACUUUGAUGUCAACAACAAAAGUGUGUGGGAAGUGUCUUCUGCCGCAUUUAAACAGUUGAUAAGCAUAUUCAUUUUGCUAUCCUAACUAUGCACAAUUAUAUGUUUAUUUGCAUUUUAUUGUUAAAAUUUACCAUUUUUUUUUUUUCUGUCCACGACUCUUUCAAAACAGACCUGGGACCCAUUUUUGGGUCACAACCCAUCAGUUGAGAAGCGCUGUGUUAAACCAUUCUCAUUUUGCCAUUGCUUGGUAAACUAUUGUUUAUGCUCCUCAGUAACUGUUAUUUAUUCAGUGUCAGAUGGCUGCCUGGUAGACAAGGAUGUAGGGAUGGCGGGAGGAGGAAAAGUAGUGAGAGAUGGGGGGGGGGGGGGGGGGUCUCAACUGAGGCUGCAGCUGAAGAGAAAACUUCAGCACAACAGAACCAGCUUCACAACAGAACAGAUUGAAGCCCUGGAGAAAGAGUUUGAGAGAACACAUUAUCCAGAUGUUUUUGCCAGAGAACGACUUGCAAACAAAAUCGACCUUCCUGAGGCACGGAUACAAGUGUGGUUUUCCAAUCGAAGAGCCAAAUGGAGACGAGAGGAGAAGCUGCGAAACCAGAAGCAUUCUGGGGGCAGGACUUCCUGUCCUCAAACACAUGCUGCUCUGACCACAUCCUUUAACCCAACUGUUUAUCAUCAUCAGCAUGGCAACAGUGCAGCUUUCAUGCUCAGUCAAAGUGAGACAGCUCUCCCCACAUAUAAUUCUCUCUCGGUCUACUCUGGAGUCCAGUCUUCUCUUUCUCCGUCUGCCUCCUCUUAUUCGUGCAUGCUGCCACCAUCCCCUUCUGCACCUAGCCACUUUGAGACGUCCUACUCUUCACCACAUCUGCCACCUCCUUCUUUAGCUAACAGCAGCACAGGUUUGAUCUCUCCAGGGAUUCCUGUGCCUGUCCAGGUUCCAGGAAAUGAAGACAAUAUGGGGCAGAACCUUGGCCAGUACUGGGCCAGACUGCACUGAAUAAGCAUGAGAAAAGUGGUAGAUUUCCAUUGCAAAGUCACAAAAUAUGGAUAUUUACAAAAAUACAAAUAAAAACUUUAGAACAAGUUGUUCUAAACUCUGAGGAAAUAUUUCCUCUGGUGAUUGGACCUUACAACCUACAAACCAAAACCUUACAAAUGUUUUUUGGAAGAGAUUUAAGAUCUGAUGACAGUGUGCCAUAUUUGCAUCCAUGUCACCCCAGCAUUCAGCUUCAGACAGGAAUGUAUAUGAUGAAACCUGAUAGCCAAGCAUUGUGUAAUGAUCUUUGUCCUAUUUCUAAGCAAACGUCUCUUCAGAAUCAUUGACAAAAGUUCCUGGCAGCACGUCUAUUAAAAUGGGAAGCUUAUUAUUAUUAUGGUAUUCAAGAACACAGUUCUGGUGUCUACUUAUUUAAUAAUAAUUCCUGCUUACUCCACUGUAAUGUCUGCAUUAAAAUCAUUCAUUUGUUGUGAUUGUUUUCAGAAACAGAUAUGUGAUCUAUAUAUCACUUCUUAUGAAAACUUUAUGACUUUGCUUUUUGCCACCUCAGUAAGGCAAUGACAAUCAAGGCAAAUGCCUUAUUCAAUCAAAGCAGGGGACUGAAAGCCAAUCAUGAUACAGGUGCAUCUCAAUAAAUUAGAAUGUCGUGGAAAAGUUCAUUUAUUUCAGUAAUUCAACUCAAAUUGUGAAACUCGUGUAUUAAAUAAAUUC